CUCUCCAGAAGUUAGUGAUGUGGGAGUUGUAUCUUGACGCCGAGCGGUCAGCUGUUGGUUCAGCUGUCAACAUGUCUCAGUAAACUGGUGAAUAACCGCGUUUAACCAGCUUAACGGACAGUCUGUGUCACUCGGUUUUGUCGGGAGGAUGGAGACGUUCAGUAAGCUAACCAGUUUGCUAAUGAACGCACUGGAGACGAGGGAGCCUACCGUGGAUCUGUUGGACUCGUUUGUUGAUCACUGGAAAUCAAUAACUAAUUAUUACAUUGAGACAACAGAUGACAGUCGUCCUGUCAAACAGACUGAGAUCCCCUGGCGUCUCAGACAGAUGUUGGACAUCUUGGUGUAUGAGGAGAAACAACAGGGCGUUGAGGCGACAGGCUCAUGUAUGGAGUAUCUGCUGCAGCACAAACUGUUGGAGACUCUGUGUACUCUGGGGAAGGCUCAGUAUCCUCCAGGUAUGGUUCAACAGGUCUUCUUGUUCUUCUCCAAGUUGUUGUCUCAGAUGCAGAAGCCUCUCCUGCACCUGGUCAGCGUCUACAGACCUGUUCAGAAACUGAUUCAUCUCUGUGCACUUCCUGGUUCCCACACUGAGAAGGAGGAAGCUCAGUUCUUGUUGGUCGUGUGCUCCAGAGUUAAGCAGGAUCCGCACACGCUCAGAUACGUCUUAGAGAUUUUGGAUCAGCCAGCCAAGACACCCAUCUCUGACCAAACACAGGUCAGCACACGAGCCUCCGGUCACAUGACAGAGCCACCUCUGCCCGCCAGUCAACCAGAUUCACCUACCUGUGGCCCCGUCCAAUCAGAAUCUGGUCUGCUGUCGGUUCUGUUGCAGCUCACCAAGAGUCAGAGGUCCUCGGUGUGUCUGAAGGCAUACGAGAGCCUCCUACUGCUGUCCUCUCUCCACUCUGGAGCUUCAGAGGAGAUUCUGUGUGGUCACACCCAGCUGGCACAGCUGCUGGCUGGGAGGCUGUCUGAGCUUUACUCCCUGCUGCCUGUGGGCACUCUGGAUGCUGCAGACGUUCAGAGUUGGCCUCAUACACCAUGGAGUUCUCAGUUCUCACGCUGCAGUUCUGAUCAGAGGUCAGAGUCGCCUGCUUAUGAUCACAUGACCAACUUCUUUACCUGGUUCAACUUCCUGGAUCACCUGAUGAGAGAAGCACCUGAGGGGUUAGCAGUGAAGCUGGCUGACUGUGUCCACCGGCUCUGGUUGUUGGAUGUUGUUCAUCCUCAGCUGCAGCACACGUGUGAGCAGGUGGUCCUGGUCUCCACCUCCCUCCUCUGUGCUGUUGUCAGACUGGUUCAGUCCUCCUCUCUGCUGGAUCAGCUGGUUCACUUCCUGCUCAAGACAACCACAUUGACACGCCUGCUGCUGCAGCGUUGUGACCACAUCUCUGACCAGAUCAGUAUGGUGUCUCUGUCUCUGGUGGAAGAGUUACUACAGAAGCCUCACAGGGACAUUUUGGACAUCCUUGUGCUGAGUUUCUUGGAGGGUCGUACUUACCUGUCCCUACCUGCUACAGGACAGGAUGACAGGCACACUGAGAGUAAUGAGGACAGCGAUGGACUAGAGGAGGACCCAUUCUUCUCUGACAGCUUGCUGCUUGUUCCCCCUCCCCCCUCCUCUUCCUCCUCUGCUCCUCCUCCUGCUGAACUGGGAUCAGCUGCUGACAUUGUCAACAGUUUCCUGUGUUUAGUUCCUGUUCAGGUUCGAUCAGCUCAGCUGCUGCAGGAGGGAGGAUACGAGUCGUACGUCCAUGACGCUCAUACACUGGUGAGGGAGUGUCAGUCUCUCUCUCUGUCGUGGGAUUGGCCACACACUCUUCCUCCUCCUGCCUGCUCCUCUGGACAAUUGAAGGAUUUCUUCGAAGGUCACCUGCUCAAAGUUCUGUUUGAUCGACUGGGACGAGUCCUGGAGCAGCCAUACGAGUUGAAUCUGCAGCUGACUGCCGUUCUGUCUCGACUGUCGGCCUUCAGCCACCCACUGCUGCACGAAUACCUGCUCAACCCCUACAUACAGCUGUCUCACUGCUCCAGGUCGCUCUUCUCCGUCCUCAUCAGGCUGAUGGGAGAGUCAGUGCAGAGGAUCCAGCAGGUUUCCAAUCUGACAGACAGACUCUUAAACGCCAGGAGACACUUGCUGGGCCUGGAUCACAACGCUGGACUGGAGCACCUGACCCUGCUCAGAGGACUCAUCGUCCUCGAGGAGUUCUGUAAGGAGCUCGCCGCCAUCGCCUUCGUCAAACUGCCUCUGGACCAGCCGUGACUCAGGUGAACCACCUGGGACAGCUACACACUGACAGGUGGAUCCCAGGUGUGUGCACGUCCAGCCUGAGGUCACGCUGACAGGUCCAGCUGAACCUUCAUGUGUUUAUACAUGAUGAUGUUUCUGAUGAAGCCAGUUUGAUCUCCCUGUUUUCAAGGCGACCCUGAAUGUCAUCACCAGUUGAGCAGUGACAUCACAGUGACAUCACUGUUUUAGUUAUUUUCACAGUUUAUUUAAACUCUGUCAGGAGCGUCAACAACGAGGCCUCGGCAGUCUGAGUUAAAAACCAGAAGGGUGUAAAGAUGAAAGCACAGACGGAGACGGAGACGGAGGACAAACUGAGGACGACUGGCUGGACACCAGGAAGUGGACUCCAUUGAACUGAGGGAUGGAGUCACUCAGUGACAUCGGCUGAUUAAAGGUAACAGUUCACAGACUGUGUCCAUCUUGUCAUAUUUUUUUUUUUUAUUUCUGUGAUUCAUCACAGAUGAACAAAUGACUGAGACCUUACUGGUCAGACUUUUAACGUCUUUAACUGCCUGAAGGAAGUUUACAGCAGCUGAUGCUAACGUGAGAGGAAUGAAAUGGAUUAAAAUCAGGUUGUCCUGGGGUUGAAGGUGGAAACAUGAACUGAAACAAGGAGAAAUCUGCAAAGAUGAAGCUCAUCAAAAAUAAAUUCAAUAAAGUUCUGAGAGUUUGAAAGAUACGCGAAGAAAAGGAGACAGAAGGAGUUCAGGUGAAAGCGAACUUGUCAUAUUUCCGAGCACAAACCUUUUUAAUAUGUGAUGAAAUGUGUCUUGUCCACUUUUUAUUUAAAUUUCUGUCUUCAUUUCAUUUGUUUUCACUGA